AAUAAAUAAACCCAAGCACCAGUCGCCGCGAAAAGAGCCAAACAGUCAAUUAGACAGACGGCGAAAGGAAGAUUAUCUAUUACGACAGUAUUUUGCAAGGGAGCUGUUGAAGGUGUGGCUGUAGAAUCAUGGCUAAAACAAGGCAUCAAAAGUCCAAACCAAGUAACAAGCAGAACAAAAUAAAAAAGCAUGGGAAGAAUGUCGAUAUAUCUGAAUUCCAAGCACAGGUCGACGCUUUGGGCUUAAAGAUUAUUCAAGUUACCGCAGAUGGUAACUGUUUCUUCAGAGCAGUAGCUGAUCAGUUAGAAGGCUUUGAAGACCAGCAUGAAAAAUACCGGAGUAUGGUUGUGCAAUACAUCAGGAGGAAUCGUGAGAGGUUUGAGCCUUUUAUUGAAGAUGAGGUGCCAUUUGUUGACUAUUGUGAAUCAAUGGAAAAGGAUGGGACUUGGGCAGGGCACAUGGAACUACAAGCUGCUUCUCUUGUUACUCACAGUAACAUAUGCAUUCAUCGACUCAGGUCGCCUCGCUGGUACAUACAAAAUUUUGACAAUCAUGAAGCUGUGAUGAUCCAUCUUUCUUAUCAUGAUGGAGAGCAUUAUAAUAGUGUUAGAUUGAAAGAAGACACAUGCAGUGGACCAGCUAGGCAAAUAAUCAUCAAGGCUGAUGCUGAUAUUUCAGCAAAACCCUCCAGUCAAUCUGUAAAGACUUCCACCAAAGCUGUUAGGAAGUCUGUUAAAUCAGUUAUGUCCGGAAGUGGGUGUGAGGACGCCUUAAAAGCUGAGCAGGCUCUACAGCAAGUAGGUGAUGAUGUGGAUGCUGCGAUUGAAUUUCUUAUAGCAGAACAAGGAUCUGAAAUUCAUUUUUUUGCAAAUAAUGGAUCUGGAUGUUUAGAUCACUCUUUUCAUGUGGCAUGUGACUUUGAAGGAAACUGUGAUAAUAAAAAUUUGGAAACUGAGGAAUCUACGUCUGGGCGUCAUUCAUCUAACCAUGGCAUAGAAGGCAAUCAUAAUAAACGUGAUCUGCAGCUAGAUGAAAAGAAAACUCCCCGAAAUAAGGCAUGCCCCUGUGGUUCAAAGAAGAAAUACAAGUCUUGUUGUGGUUCUGUUGCUGGGAAGACUUCUGCCAGACUGACAGUUAACGAUAAUGGAAAAGGGAGAAAAGACAAAAAGCAAGGAAAGAACGGUAGACCUGCAAACGUUGCAGGUUCUAAUCAUCAAUCUGAUGCUCCUGAACUACCUGAUAUGGGUGCACUUUGUAUAUGAUACUUUUGUAUAAUAAUGCAGAUGUCUCUUUCAAAUCUCCAAAAUCGAAUCUCAACAUAUAAAGAUCCAAACAUGUGACUUGCAAUUCAUUUGCCCUUUGAAAGACAUUGGUGUUUGGGAAAUGAUCUAUAAGCUUGUUUUUGGUUAUUUAGAGCAUUUUAGUGCAAAA